AUGUCACUUCAGUUAGACGUGAAUGAUAAAAAUCUGGAUAAUGAACGGGAGGCGCCAAAUUAUCAGAACACCUAUCGUCUGGAAGCUUAUAAUCCUUUUAAAGUGGAUCCGGUGGAUAAGAUUGUGAAGACGAUAAUGAUUAAUAAACUCGAAAAUAUUUCUUAUGAUGCUGCGGAUUGUCCAAAAAUCUGCGAAUCGGUGGCUACGGAUAUUAGGGAGAGAAUUAAAAAAUUGAAUUUCGACAGGUACAAAAUUGUAGUCAAUGUAGCUAUUAUAGAGAAGGCAAGUCAAUCUGUGCAAGCGUCAAUUGGGUUUCUCUGGGACGCUGAAAAGGACAAUUAUUCUACAUUUACGUACGAGGCUCGAACAUUUCACGCUUACUGCUGCGUAUUCGGUCUUUACUACGAGUAA